AGUAAAUGCUGUCAGGUUUAUGUGAAUUGUGUGUAAAUAGGAAACCCGAAACAGAAUGGGUGGAUGUUGCUGCAGGAAUGCCACAUCUCCGCAUCCCACAGUCCCAGCGGAGUUUAUGGAUACCCUGAAGAUUAAGACCCAAUUGAAACCCACACAGAUACAGCAUUUGUACAAUCGAUUCUGUCAAAUUUCUGGCGAAUAUCGUCCUAAUCAGGUGCAGAAGUACAACUUUUACUCGGGCCUGUUGUCCCUCAAUCCACUGCUGCCAACGAUCCUGAACUGCAUGUUUGGGGAGAAGAAUGUGCUCAGUUUUGUAGAGUUUGCCAUAUUCCUGAGCACCUUUCAAGCUCACUCGCUGAAGACCAAGCGAGGCGUCAAAAAUGAAGGGAAGGAUCGCAAGCUGAGCUAUCUUUUCAAUAUGUAUGAUCAUAAUAAAGAUGGACGCAUCACCAAGGUGGAUCUAGUGAUCAUUGUGCACAAGCUAUUCGCGCAUAUGAUGGAUCAUUUGCAGAUCAUGCGCAUAGUGGAUACCAUGAUGAUGGAAAUGGAUUGUACGGACACUAAUCAAAUAUCAUUUCAUGAUUUCUGCAAGGCCUUUGAGGUCUUUGACAUGGCCGAAAUGAUGGUCACCUUUAUACCCGAGUUCCGGGGACGUUCCAACGAUGAUGGCAAGUCUCCAAAGUGGUUUUGUUGGAAGUAAAAUAUAAACUGAGUACAUU